GGCGGCUGUCGGCGGCCGAGCCUCCGCCAUUUUGUGUAGCUGAGGGAGAGAGACACGGAGUAGCAAAACGUUGCGGGGGAGGGGGCGAAGACCCGACUCGGGGGUUCGGUGACCAGGGGGCGGCCCGGAUGGUGAAAUCCUCCCUGCAGCGGAUCCUCAACAGUCACUGCUUCGCCCGCGAGAAGGAAGGAAAUAAAAAGACCCACCAAGGAGCCGCAGACAUGCCCGCCCUGCCCGCCAGCGCUGCUCUGAGGAGUUCCAGGGUGUCUUUCAGUUGCUGUAGUAACCUGGGUCCAGGUCCUCGGUGGUGCUCCGAUGCCCCUCACCCACCCCUGAAGAUCCCAGGUGGGCGAGGGAAUAGUCAGAGGGAUCACAAUCUUUCAGCUAAUUUAUUUUAUUCUGAUAAUCGGCUGAAUGUAACAGAAGAAGUAACAUCAAAUAACAGGACGAGAAUCCUUAAUGUCCAGUCCAGGCUGACGGAUGCCAAGCACAUUAGUUGGAGAACUGUGCUGAACAACAACCACCUGUACAUUGAAAUCCCUAAUGGUGCUCUGCCUGAAGGGAGCAAAGACAGUUUUGCAGUUCUUCUCGAGUUUGCUGAAGAACAACUUCAAGUUGACCACGUCUUCAUUUGCUUCCACAAGAACAGAGAUGACAGAGCCUCGCUGCUCCGUACUUUCAGCUUUUUGGGCUUUGAGAUUGUGAAACCAGGGCAUCCCCUAGUCCCCAAGAGACCCGACGCUUGCUUCAUGGCCUACACGUUUGAACGAGACUCUUCCGGAGAAGACUAGAUCCGCAGUGUUUGCCUCGUAGAGCUUUCUUGUCCUCUGUAAAGAUGAAUCUGUAGAAAUUUUGUCAACAUCUGUAAUAUUCACACACGUGCGCGCUUUAAUGACAUGUUCUUUGUACGAAUUUCUUGUGACAGGCUGCUGUGGUGGUGGGGGCGGGGGGAAUGUUGAGAAUUUCUGAAUUUUUUGUCAUCUUUCUCUCUCUGGAAUUUGUCCGCAUGUUGUGAUUGUGCAGAAAUAAAUGCUCACUCCAAAUUAGCAGUAUAUUUCUUGGAAGUUUAAUAUUGUGUGUUUGUGAUACUGAAGUAUUUGCUUUAAUUCUAAAUAAAG